UUGACUGAGGAAUUGAUGGAGGAAUGCUUAGCUGCGUGGGAUGUUGGUGUCGAUGCAGCUCGGCACCCCAAAGUAGUAGUCGUUCCGGACAGUGGUGCUUCACCUGUAGAAGGACCGGGCUUUGGUGCUUACCCCCCUGUAGAAGGACAGGGCUUUGUUGCUGACCCCCCUAUAGGAGCACCGGGCUUUGGUGCUGUGCCACCGGUAGGAGCACCUGGCUUUGGUGUUUACCCACCUGUAGGAGCACCAGACUUUGAUGCUUACCAACCUGUAGAAGGACUGGGCUUUGUUGCUGACCCCUUUAUAGAAGGACUGGGCUUUGUUGCUGACCCCUCUAUAGAAGGACUGGGCUUUGUUGCUGACCCCUCUUUAGAAGGACUGGGCUUUGUUGCUGACCCCUCUAUAGAAGGACUGGGCUUUGUUGCUGACCCCUCUAUAGAAGGACUGGACUUUGUUGCUGACCCCUCUUUAGAAGGAAUGGGCUUUGUUGCUGACCCCUCUAUAGAAGGACCUGGCUUUGGUGCUGUGCCACCAGUAGGAGCAUCAGGCUUUGGUGUUUACCCACCUGUAGGAGCCCCGGGCUUUGGUGCUUACCCGCCUCCUGUAGCUACUCCUUCUGUGGAUCCAUUGUAUGGCUACUUUGCAGCUGUGGCUGGUGCAGAUCAACAGAUAGAUCAGAAGGAGUUACAACACUGUCUUACAUCAUCUGGAUUCGCUGGAACUUAUCAACCUUUCAGCAUAGAGACAUGCACCUUGAUGAUCAACAUGCUGGAUCGUGACUACUCUGGAAAGAUGGGAUUCAAUGAAUUCAAGGAACUCUGGACUGUUCUUAAUCAGUGGAAACAGACCUUCAUGACCUAUGACAGAGAUAGGUCAGGUCAAAUCGAUGGCAACGAGCUUGCAGCAGCUUUUGGUGCUUUCGGGUACAGGUUAUCCCCACAGGCCAUCGGAGCACUGGUAAGACGUUACGGAGUGGCCAACCAAAUCCCCUUUGAUGCGUUUGUUGCAUGUGCAGUGCGCCUCAGGGGUCUAACAGAUUUCUUCCGAAGGAAGGACGUCCAGCAGCUUGGCAAUGCUACCAUGGCGUAUGAUGAUUUCAUCACUGGAACCAUGUCCUUCUGAGCAAGGCAGAGGCACUCCACUAGUUUCCUAUAGAAUCUCAUGAAUAAUUGUACACUGUUAAUCAUAGCAACUGUACAUGUAAAGUACAUUUACAUGUACAUGUAUCAUGCAUGUAUUCCAAUUGAGAAUUGUUAGCUGGCUUUAGAUUUAGAUUUUCAUAUUUAAGUGCUUGUAUAUUACUUUCUUUUAAUAUUGUGAGCCUGUUUGGAACAUUUUAUGGUAAUUUGGAUGAAGGAGUGACAAAUAUAAUCUCACAAAUUUGAAUGAAUUUUUUGGCAGAUCAAAUGUAUACCUCUCCCCCCCCCCCCCCUUUCUCUCUCUCUCUCUCUCUCUCUCUCUUUCUUAUU